AUGGCCAAGAAGGACAGGAAGAAAUUAGCCGACCUAUUGCUUUGGGGACUCAUACAAUUAGUAACGCUACCCUACCACCGCUUUUUUACGUAUAACACUCUCAAGCCCGCGUUAGAGAUUCAAGAGUAUGCAACAAGGGGCGUGGAGCGCAACUCACUAGACCGGAAAAAACUGCACUCCUUAUUAUGCGGCUGGCGAACUCGAAAGAGAGAUGAACUCGCCUUUGUUUCCGGCGUCACUAUUACUGCAAUUGUCACUGCCUCCUUUUCGUGGCCUGUUAUUCAGGAUUCAUACUGGCUUGCGUCCGGCGUCUGGUAUGCUUCCCUCAUGACAUCUGUCUGUGGGAUCCUCAUAUCAGCGCAGCAAGUGUCGCUGCUUACGCUCGUCGGUGAUCUCCCGGUGGAUCCGCUAGCCGCAUCUUCAAAGACAAUCCAACGCCAUCUUAACCAAAUCCUUAUAGAUUGCCAGCCCCCAAUCCGCGACUCCGAUGAAGCUGCGCAUGAAUAUUCUCAGCAAUGGGUUCUCAGCUGGAAGCAGAUCUUCACAUGGCAGUGUCCUAUGAUGUUCUUUGGGUACUCAACUCUAUUAUAUUUCGUUGGGCUGACAGUUAUUGUGUGCACGCCCUUGAUCGAAGAAAGGAAGGGCCCCACCAUUAACGUCGCGAUUACCUACCUCGUGGCUUCCGGGAUAUCCUGGGGUUUAUUCGCGUACUGUUCUCUCGGUGGCUACCGUGCUAUAACACUCGACGGAGAUCCAGAUGAUACUGAAAUCGCUUGA